CCCUCGCGCAAAGCGUUACCAUAACGCCAAAUACAACUACCAGUCGGUCUUUAGCGGAAUAUUUUCCCCCAUCAGAAUGACGGAAGAACUACCCGCAUCCAAACUCGGCACCAAGGAACACUGGGACAUGGUGUACGAGCGGGAGACCAAGGAGUACGAGGAAACAGGCGAUGAGGGCGAGAUCUGGUUCGGAGAAGGCGCGGUGGACAAGAUGGUAGACUGGACGUACCAGUACCUCCCACCGUUCGAAGACGGGUCCGGACCGACCGUCAUGGAGUGCGGAUGCGGCAACGGCACGCUCCUCCUCUCCAUCCUCUACCCGACCAAACCUAAAUACCGACGUUCUGUACCUCGACACUCUCCUCGACAUUUCACCGGGAUAGACUAUUCGGACCUGAGUAUCGAAUUAUCGAGUAAAGUCGAAGGUCUACGUCGGAGACGCUGGGAGAGACGGAUACGGAGCGAUGAGAAGCGGAAGGAAGUUGGGGAAGAGCUUGGGGUUGAUAGCGAUAGCGAGGAAGAAAGUGACGUCGACGUCGACGACGAUGAAACCGACGAACAAGGGGACGCGGAAACUCUAUCCCACGCCAAGAACCAGAUCGCAAACAACCCUCCCGGAGUCACCUGGUUCGCCUCGGACCUCCUCACCUCAACCCUCCAGACCCUUCACUCCCAAUCCUCUUCCGUCCCUCUUGACGGCUGGGACCUCGUCCUCGACAAGGGGACCUACGACGCCAUCGCCCUUUCCCAAGAACCCGUCGGAUCCGGUCCGGAGUCGAGUAGGGGGAAAUUACCUAGUGCGGUCUACCCUGAACGAGUCGCUGGGCUGGUCAAGCCGGGCGGGUUCUUUUUGAUCACCUCUUGCAAUUUCACCGAAGACGAGAUCAAGACGAGGUUCACUCGAGAAGGACUAGCUUUCGAAUACCACUCGACGGUUAAACACCCAUCGUUUUCGUUCGGAGGCAAGACAGGGUCGACUGUGUGUACGGUGGCUUUCCGCCGGGUUUAGCGGCCAGUUUUUCAAGAAUUCUGAAACCGGUGGUUGCAUGAUCGCGAUCGAUGCAAAGGGGACGCUGAUACUUGAGGAUAGGGACCGUCGAAGUUACUUUGAGAUCACUAUGAGGCGACUUGUAGUAGAUUCUAGAUCUGGCCUAAGUAGACUUGACCAUCGACAAGAUGAUACCAUUUAGAUCCGUUGUGCCCUCGAUGCACGACAAGAAUCCACGAGAUGAUGGCACAUCUGUCGUGUCGCGACGGUCUGCCGACAGGUAAAACGUAAACAUCCCACUCGGUCUGAUCCAUCAAAAUCCAGCCUUAUUGUAUAUGAACCAGGAGCCCGAGGCCUUAAGGCUGUUCUACUUCAGCAGUCUCGAC